CAAAUCGCCUGUCGACGUCCCAGUUCGUCUCAAUUAUCAUCGCUCUGAUACUAACCUCAAACUCGUCACCAGACCGUCGAUAAUAAUCCCCGAAUAACGAAACAGACACUCUCUAUCAUUGCUACGAGCUACAACAAGUCGCCAAAAUGGGUUGCGGAAUGAGUACAGAGGAGAAGGAGGGCAAGGCCCGGAACGAGGAGAUUGAGAACCAGCUCAAGAGGGAUCGCAUGCAACAACGCAAUGAGAUCAAGAUGCUUCUUCUGGGUGCUGGUGAAUCCGGAAAGUCGACCAUUUUGAAGCAGAUGAAGCUUAUCCACGAAGGAGGUUACUCGCGCGACGAGCGCGAGUCGUUCAAGGAAAUCAUCUUCAGCAACACUGUGCAGUCCAUGCGCGUCAUUCUCGAGGCCAUGGAGUCCCUAGAGUUGCCACUCGCCGAUCAGCGCGUCGAGUACCAUGUCCAAACCAUCUUCAUGCAGCCCGCUCAAAUAGAAGGUGACGUGCUGCCUCCUGAGGUCGGCAAUGCUAUCGAGGCCCUCUGGAGGGACGCUGGCGUCCAGAGCUGCUUUAAGAGGUCGAGGGAAUACCAAUUGAACGACUCGGCAAGAUACUACUUCGAUAACAUCGCCCGUAUCGCCGCGCCCGACUAUAUGCCCAACGACCAGGACGUUCUGCGAUCACGUGUCAAGACAACCGGUAUUACGGAAACGACCUUCAUUAUUGGCGAUCUUACGUACCGUAUGUUCGAUGUCGGUGGCCAGCGUAGCGAACGUAAGAAGUGGAUCCACUGCUUCGAGAACGUCACCACCAUUCUUUUCUUGGUCGCCAUUUCCGAGUACGAUCAGUUGCUUUUCGAAGAUGAAACCGUCAACCGUAUGCAGGAGGCCCUUACUCUGUUCGAUUCCAUCUGCAACUCCAGGUGGUUCAUCAAGACAUCCAUCAUUCUUUUCCUCAACAAGAUCGAUAGGUUUAAGGAGAAGUUGCCGGUCAGCCCGAUGAAGAACUACUUCCCCGAUUACGAGGGCGGUGAUGACUACGCUGCCGCUUGCGACUACAUUCUCAACCGCUUCGUCAGUUUGAACCAGCACGAGACCAAGCAGAUUUACACGCAUUUCACAUGCGCGACGGAUACCACACAAAUUCGUUUCGUCAUGGCUGCGGUCAAUGAUAUCAUUAUCCAGGAGAACCUGCGUCUCUGCGGUUUGAUUUGAGCAUUGAACGCAAUCUUUCUAAUUUUUUCAUCAGUUAAUGGGGCUGUGAGGUUCGGGCAAGCGGUUGAUACCGAUCAGAACUUCGAGUGUUGCCGCCCAGUCGUUGCCGCUGGCUCCCUGCCCACAGUUUCUGC